AUGGCGUGGGAGAGGCUACCGGGAAGGGGCUGCGGUGCCCUGCACCGCUGUCUGCUCGGCGCUGCUCUGCUGCUCGGCCUGCGGCUCUGCACGGAGCUGCGGCGCGCCGGGGCCCAGCCCCCGGCCCGCAGCGGCCUGCCGGGCCUGGCCCCCCGACCGCCCGAGCCGCCCCUACCGCCCGCGCCGACCCAGCGGCGCGGUGCCAGCCGGAGGCAGGUGACGUACGUGCGCAGCGGGCGCCGAGUGCCGCCGGGGGGCGGCGGGAGCGGGACGCAGGAGCCGGGCUGCUGCCCUCUGCGCGGGCGUCCCCGCCGUAAGGGUCCCCGGUGGCAUAUAGACCUCCAGCCUUGGGCAGGCCCUGCUCGGUCCCUGGAUGAAGAAGCCUUGAGGUUCCUGAGAUACAUCAGCACCAUUCAGAUUGCGUGUGAUCACGUGAGCACAGACAGCCUGGCUACUGACUCCAGCCCUUCAAAAAAGCCCUGGUCUGUCUGUCUUGAUGACAGGUUUGGCUUAGGUCAUCAAAUUCGCAACAAGCAGUGCCGCCUCUAUUCUUUAGGGCUGGGAAGUGAUGAUACCCAUUUUGAGGUCAGCAUGGCCAAUGAUGGAUGUGAAGUGCAUCGUUUUGAUCCUACUGUUAAAUCAGCUCAUGUUCUGGAGAGUGAGCGUUUUUGGUAUCACCGCUUGUCCGUCGACUGGCGGGACUCCCAUCCAGCUGUUGCUGCCCGAAAACCAUAUAGCAACACCAGAAAACUGAGAACCAUUUUGAAUGAAUUUGGGCAUCACAAGAUUGAUGUUCUCAAAGCAGAUCUGGAAAGCGCAGAAUGGAAAGUUUUGGAAAAUCUUAUUCUGGAAGAUGUCCUUGAACAAAUUGGACAGCUCAUCUUUGAGAUCCAUCUCCACUGGCCCGGGUUUGAGGUCAGUGGCAGUGACAGCAGUGUUGUGCGGUUCUGGUACAGCCUCCUCAAAGAGUUAGAACUACAGGAUUUCAGGCUUUUUCACAGUUACAAAGAUUUAUCUAAACCUCAGCUAUUCCUGAAGAAAGAUAUUUUCAAUGCGAGUAGCUGUUAUACUCUGAGUUGGGUGAAUACAAGAUGGAAAUAGGAUGCAGGAGCUCAUCAACAACUCAAGGAAGUAUUUGCAGCAUGGAUCAUGUCCAUGGUUCUAGUUAUUCUGGUUUACUUGUCCAGUCUCCCACUAGCCUGUGACCUGCUUGAGGCAGGGAUUGUGUUAUUGCCUUUGUAGUACACGUAGCCUGGCAUCUCGCACAUGGUAGGGGAACAGUUAACACUUGCUGAGGGGAUGGACACAGGAGUGCCACAGUAGUCAAUCUCCAUCUGCCCAAACCCAGGCUCUUUGCCUGUCUGCCUCUGACAGAGUGGGGAUGCUUGUCCUCUUUCAUUUCAGCUUGGAAGAUAAUCCCACACUUAUCUCAGUUUUCCCUAAAAUUAAUUAUGUAUCUGUAAUCCAUGAAUUUACCACCAUGAAAAAGAAAUUAUUUCACAUUUCUGUUUUUACUGGGUUGAUGAGCUCCUUAAGUGUGUAGCCUGCUGUUUAAAAUAGGGCCUUUCAUCUGAUGUUAACUCACCUUUUCCUAGGAUUUUCUUGUCCACUGUGUCAAUAACAUUCUUUACAGCCUUGUAGAUUUCAAUUAUUCUUCCUCAGUUUUUGUUGAGGCCAUGCCGUGACUUUAUAAGAACGACUGAUUCUGGUUUCUGGGAACUCAGACACACCAAAUUCUGUAACUGAGUUUAAAAGACUAGAGUAUCAAGUUAUUCAACUCAGGAUUCUUUUCAUGCUCAGCCUUAAAUCCCCUCUGUUCCUAUGAAACUAAACACAAAGCAGAACUUGGGUGUCUUCAAACCUGAUUUCUCAACCUCUGACUUGCCUAUGGUGUCAAAUCUUUUUUUUUUUUUAAUUAUCUCCAAGAUUAAGUUUUUCCUUGCUGCCAGUUGGCAUUCAUUGUAAGCCUGUGGCCUGAGGGCCAGAGUCUCUCUCUUUCCCGGGACAGGUACAGUGUGUUUUGGUAAUACCAAUCCUUUUUUGUAUAUAUUUUUUAAUUAAGCAGAUAAUGCAUGUUCUCAGUAGUUCAAACAAUCUCUAUCAUUUCUAUUUAGAGGAUUAGACAUUUCCCCCUACAAAUGAUUUUCAAAAAUCCUAUUUCAAAUAAAUUAAUUAAAUAGUAUAAAAAUACAUCAAAUUAUUAUCUUAUUAUAAAUUAAGUACAUCUUCUGGUAUUUUUUAUAUCCCAAGAGAGCAGGAAUACAUACACUGUUCAUUUAAGGAAUUUUGGGAGAGCAUAAAAUACUGAUUACUACUAGACCUCGAUUCCUUCUCCCCAUCGUUUUACCUCCUUCCACCCUAGACAUGCCCUGGGUUGGCUUUUUGCUUUUUGCAGUGGUUUGAAAAUACCAUUCCUCAGGUGAGAAACCAAAAUACAAUAGAGUUAUAUCAUCUUACUAACUUGGGUUCAAAAGGGAAUAAGACUUUCUGAAUUAGUAGUGAUGAUUUUUUAAAAUAUAAAUGAGGUUUUUUAUAUUAAAACUUAUAGUACACUAAUAAAAGUCAUUGAAGUGAGAGGA